UCUGUAGUGACCUCCCACUGAAAUACUAUCCAGAGACGUAUCACAACUAUUCUCGCUCUGACUGAUGUGUAUUUUGCAAAUAUGAUGAUGUCACCAACUCGACACUUUCUUCAACCGAUAGUCAUGGCGGAGCAACAAUUCCUAAACUUUCACUGAUUACUGAAGUCAGCUGUCUGUGACAAUGGAGCACAUUCAAGGAGCCUGGAAGACUCUGAGCAAUGGGUUUGGCUUCAAGGACUCUGUGUUUGAGGACGCGUGCAUGUCCCCCACCAUCAUUAAAGGCUUCCCCUAUCAGAGACGGGCAUCAGACGAUGGGAAGAUCGCAGACUCCUCCAAAACAUCCAGCACAAUUCGAGUGUACCUGCCUAAUAAACAGCGUACUGUGGUGAAUGUGCGGCCUGGAAUGACUUUGCACAACUGCCUAAUCAAAGCUCUCAAGGUCCGAGGGCUACAGCCAGAGUGCUGUGCUGUCUUCAGACUACAUCCAGGACAAAGAAGUAGAAAAACACGCAUGGAUUGGAACACAGAUUCUACCUCACUCAUCGGGGAGGAGCUCCUGGUAGAAGUGUUAGACCAUGUACCUCUCACCACGCACAAUUUUGUUCGGAAAACAUUUCUGAAGUUGGCUUUCUGUGACAUCUGUCAGAAGUUCCUGCUGAAUGGCUUCCGAUGCCAGACUUGUGGCUAUAAGUUCCAUGAGCACUGCAGUACCAAAGUCCCCACCAUGUGUAUUGACUGGAACAACAUCCGUCAGCUCCUGUUGUUCCCAACCCCAGGUGAAGGUGGAGGUCCGUCCCUCCCCCCCCUCACCAGCCGGCGCAUGCGAGACUCCUUGUCCAGGUUCCCUGUCAGCUCCCAUCACAGACACUCGACGCCUCAUGCCUUUAACUACAUCGCCCCGUACCCGCCCUCAGGGUCCUCUCUCUCCCACCGCCAGAGGUCAACGUCCACACCCAACGUGCACAUGGUCAGCACCACCCUGCCCGUGGAUGGCACUGCCUUUGAGCUAGAUAGGCUGAAGGCCCCUGCUAGCUCCUGGAGCCGGCGCUUUUGCCAGAGGAGAAGAGUAGGGACUGUUUGUUUCUCCAAUCCUUUAAUUGAUGCCACCCAAGAACGUCCUGAAAAGGAUGCAUUAAGAAGUCAUGAGUCUGGGAGUCCUCCAAACCUGAGUCCCACUGGCUGGACUCAGCCUAAACCCCCGGCUCCCAUGCACAGGGAGAGAGCUGCCUCAUCCAACACUCAGGAAAAGAACCGAAUCCGUCCAAGAGACAAGAGAGACUCCAGCUACUACUGGGAGAUCGAGGCCAGCGAGGUGGUGCUGCACUCCCGGAUAGGCUCUGGUUCCUUUGGGACGGUCUACAAAGGGAAAUGGCAUGGUGAUGUCGCAGUCAAAAUCUUAAAGGUCACUGACCCCACACCAGAGCAAUUCCAGGCCUUCCGCAACGAGGUGGCUGUUCUCAGGAAGACUCGGCAUGUCAAUAUCCUGUUGUUCAUGGGAUACAUGACCAAGGACAAUCUGGCCAUUGUGACCCAGUGGUGUGAUGGCAGCAGCCUGUACAAGCACCUGCACGUCCAGGAGACCAACCUCCAGAUGUUCCAGCUGAUUGACAUCGCCAGGCAGACCGCUCAGGGCAUGGAUUAUUUGCAUGCAAAGAACAUCAUCCAUCGGGACAUGAAAUCAAACAACAUCUUCCUUCAUGAGGGCCUGACUGUGAAGAUCGGGGACUUUGGUCUGGCCACAGUGAAGGCCAGGUGGAGUGGCUCUCAUCAGGUGGAACAGCCCUCGGGAUCCAUACUGUGGAUGGCUCCUGAGGUACUCCGGAUGCAGGACAACAACCCUUACAGUUUCCAGUCGGACGUGUACUCCUAUGGAAUUGUCCUCUAUGAGCUGAUGACUGGGGAACUGCCUUAUUCCAUGAUUGCAAACAGAGACCAGAUUAUCUACAUGGUUGGACGGGGGUACCUAUCUCCAGACCUCAGUAAGCUGUACAAGAGUUGCCCCAAAGCCAUGAAGAGGCUCGUCGCUGACUGCAUCAAGAAGUCUAGAGAUGACCGGCCUCUGUUCCCACAGAUCCUGUCCUCUAUUGAGCUCCUGCAGCACUCCCUUCCCAAAAUCAACCGCAGCGCCUCCGAGCCCUCCAUGCACCGAGCCACACACACCGAGGACAUCAACGCCUGCACUUUGACCUCCACGCGGCUCCCCGUCUUUUAGCACAGUGCCUCUCUUCCUGGAGUCCUCACGAAACGCCAAAGUGCCCCUGGAAAUCUACAACACUAGCAUGAGGAUCGGCUCCAAGGCUUUAAGCACAUUUAGCAUUACUGUGGCUGUAGCCAGCCAGGCUUGUCUGUUGCACACUUUGAAUGGACUUCUUUCAUCAACCAGUAGUUCAAAUGGUGAAAGAGGUUUCAUUGGGUUACAGAAUGGUCUAAAUAGGAAUUUGAAAUGUAAAGAAAAUGGCCGCCAAGAAACACGUCUUCGAGAGUGUUGUUCUAUGCCUGCACGGCCCUUUCAUACAUUAUCAGAAUUGUUUUUCUUCUUGAAAGGGGCAAGACAGUAUGAAGGAAUGGAAGAGGGUUAAUAUUUUAAAUCUGCUGUUCCUUUGAAACGUAGAUGAUGAUCACAGGGCUUGUUCUUAAAUCUGACCUGAAUCAAAGAAAUCUCUUGUCUCAGGUCACGUCCUGGAGUUAAAGAAAUGUAGCAAUUUGAAUGUUAUCCAUACAGCACGGAUGUAAGACAAUGGUUCUUUUUGACGGUCUAGAUGUACAGUUCUAAUUGAUGCAUUUCUGUUGUUCACAUUUAGGUGAGAUGAAAAGGCAUUCGAUUUUCUCCUCUCUGCACAGGGUAUUUGUGUACGGUGUUUGCUUUAUAGGAAUGCUGCAAGGAGAUUUUCUCUGACUUUCUAAGGCUCUGUCACAGAACCAUGGGUCAGAGCAUGGGGCCUCUUAAGAAAUUAUUAGGGAUCUUUUUUUGUCUUAUUGCUUAUCACUGAGGAUAAACUUGUAAACUUGAAAGAUUGUUUAUCCAUUGUAUUUUAAUAAAAUUAAGUUAAAUACUUUGAA